UGAAGACGAUACUCAAAGUUGAUACACUCUCCUCAUAAGGGUACCUGACGUGAUUCCAUACACUCACAUUCAUAAAUGACGAUUAAUUCCUCGACUGUUUGAUUGAAUCCAAGUUAUAUUUCCAUUGCAGGUGAACCACUUCAACGACACCCACAAACAGCUGAUGGUGCACUGGGUGGGCGAGAAAAGCGGCGUCGUCAUUUGUCUGGCGCGAGACCCGGCACCCCUCAUCCCCGGGAUGAGUUCCACCCCCUCCCCCUCAUCUCUCUUCGUGUCCUACGACGACGGGGACAAAUACGAGAACAGGACGGAGGCCUUCAAAGGGCCCGACGGGAAGUACGCCACGCUGGACAAGUUUUACAACCAUCCGAAGUUCAACAAUGUCUUCGUUUUCACCGACAUCAAACACAACGUGAUAUACGUCACUUCGGACCAUGGACGGAAAAUUGAAAGACGAGAAGUGAUGUUUUCACCAUCCGAAAUUUCCUUCCAUGAGGCACAAUCGGGAACUUUUCUAGUUUUGGACAAAAACAGUACGAACCAAAAGCUAUGGAUAACUGAAGAUUUUGGGAAAAACUUCAGAGUGGUCUACGAGUUCGUAAAGUCGUUCUAUUUGUUUGCUGAAGGCAACGGCGACUACCAGUUGAUAGUGCAACGAAUGGAACUCAAUAAUUUGAGCUCCGUACUGUACUACAAGACGGUACUACGCAGAAGGAAUUCGCAAAUAUACGCGACAGGAGUCAAAGAUCUUUUCUUCAAGGGAGAUUACCUUUUCACUACCAGAUACAAUUCGAAGGGAGACCUGGAGCUGUACGUUUCCUACAAACUGGGCAAGCAGCAGAAAUGCGCUUUUAGCACGUCCAAGAAAAUCUUGGGCUACUUCGUGGUCGACGUGACAGAAACUCGAGCCCUGAUCGCCGCUAGCCAUUCGAACGUGUCGUCGAAUCUGUACGUUUCCGAAAAUCUCGGCGGCUCCGAUGGCGAGGUCAGAUUCGGAUUGUCCUUGAAAGAUGUGUUCGCCUUCAUACCUGGAAUGACUUGGCAAAACACCUGGCUAAACCACCUGUCGGAGGACGCUUUCGCGGACGUCUACAAAGUGGAAGGCCCCAACGGCAUCUAUAUCGCCUCGAAACUCACCGGCAAAGUGACGGGCAGCUCCUUGGGCCCACAGCACCUCUCCUCGGUGAUAACCUUCGAUCACGGGGCGACUUGGCGGCCCAUACGCCCGCCCGCUUUAGACGUGGACGGCAGAGUGAGCGGUUGCGCGGUGGCUAGGAACUGCUCGCUGCACCUCAGCCAGAAGUUCGGGCAGCUGUUCCCGGAGACCAGGACGGUCGGUAUUUUGUCGAGCAAGUCAGCGCCGGGGAUUAUCAUGGCGACGGGGGUGUUGGGGAAGACUCUGAAAGGUCACUACGGCGUGUACAUCAGCACGGACUCUGGCCUGACCUGGCGUCAAACUCUGCGCGACCUCCACUUCUUCAAUAUGGGCGACCACGGUGGCUUACUUUCCGCUGUGCGGUACUACAAGUCCCAAGGGGUCACCAGGCACAUCGAGUACUCGACCGACGAGGGCGCCACGUGGAACGAGACGGCGUUCCACGUGGCCGACUUGAAGCUGUACGGGCUGAUGACGGAACCGGGCGAGAACACGACCGUGUUCACGAUGUUCGGCUCGCUGCCGGAGGAGCACCAGUGGAUCGUGGUGAAGGUGGAUUUGAAGGGGGUGUUCAAUAGGAGUUGCGUCGAGGAUGACUACAAGAUGUGGUCCCCGGGGCAGUCAUCAGAUACCAGAAGCUACAUACCUUGUCUCCUUGGCCAGCAGACGACUUACCAGAGAAGAAUUCCGCAUGCUCGUUGCCUCAACGGCUUGGACUAUGUCAGGGUCGUAGCCAAACAGCCUUGCAAUUGCGAUAUUUGGGAUUUCGAAUGCGAUUUCGGCUUCAUCAAAGUGGACACUCCCCACCGCUGCAUCCACAUCGGCACCACCCACGACCCGCAAAAGGUGCCGGCCAACUGCAAACCGGGCCGGUACUACAACCGCACCAAGGGCUACGUCCGCAUCGCGGGAGACACGUGCGUGGGCGGCUUCGAGAGCCACUACCUGCCCGACCUGGUGCCCUGCCCCAUCAAGCAAAUGGACGAUUUCCUGCUGUUCGCGCAGCGCGAACGCAUAUCCCGCUACAACCUCGUGACGAAGAAGCUGGAAGAGCUGCCCAUCACCAAUCUGAAAAACGUCAUCGCUAUCGACUUCGAUAUGGCGCAGAACUGCGUGUACUGGGCGGACAUUGCCGAGGAUACGAUCGGGCGGCAGUGUUACUCGAACGGGAGCAAGAUGGAGAUUUUGGUGUCUACGGAGUUGAGUUCGAUUGAGGGGAUGGCAUUCGAUUGGAUCUCGAAGACGCUGUAUUUCGUCGACGGGGUUAGAGCGAAGAUCGAGCUGAUAAGGACUGAUGUCGUCGGCAGCGGGCACAUGCGCAGGACCAUCUUGAACUCCACCGUGCUGAACAAACCUCGAGGUAUCGUUUUGCACCCGCAGAACGGCUACCUCUUCUGGACGGACUGGUCGGCCGACAACCCGUCGAUCAGUCGCGCCAACCUGGACGGCACCCAUAACCUCACUUUGUUCGGCGCCGAGACGGUCGAAUGGCCGAACGGCAUCACCAUCGACUACAUGGCGAACCGGCUGUACUGGGUGGACGCCAGGUUGGACUAUAUCGGUAGUUCAGAUCUUCAUGGAGACGAUUUCGUCAAGAUUAUUUCCGAUAACGAGGUGGUGUCGCAUCCUUUUGCCGUUGCCGUCUUCAAGAAUACGAUGUUCUGGGACGACUGGAAGAGGAAUUCGAUCUUUAGCGGGAAUAAGGACUACUUCAAGGGGGUGGACGUCGUUCUGAAGCAGAUGCCUGGACUGAUGGAUCUGAAGGUAUUCGCCCACGGCCUCCAGAUCGGCACGAACGCCUGCACGAACACCACCUGCGCGCACAUCUGCGUCGGCCUGCCCCACCGCUCUUACGCCUGCCUCUGCCCCGACGGCCUCGCGAUGCACGACGGCGCGUGCGUCUGUCCGGGCGGCCUGCCGCCCUUCGCCAACCUCACCUGCCCGUCGGCGGCCGAGGGCUGCUCCGAAGACCAGUUCACGUGCGCCAAUCGUCUGUGCGUGCCUAAAGGGUGGCGGUGCGACAGGGAGGACGAUUGCGGGGACGGGUCGGACGAGGCGAGGUGUGUUAGCGAGACGUGCCCGCCGACGUUCUUCGGGUGCGCCGAUGGGAAGUGCUUGCCACACUAUUGGAGGUGUGACUUUGACAAAGAUUGUGCUGAUGGUUCCGAUGAAAUGGGGUGCUCCAAGAUGAAUUGCACGGAAAACCAGUUUUCUUGCGAAAACGGAUUGUGCAUCUCGAUGAAGUGGAAAUGCGACGGGGAAAAUGACUGCAGAGACGGGUCUGACGAAAGGAACUGUAGUUCUGAGAAUCCGACAACUUGUAAAAACGACGAAUUUCACUGCAAGACAGGCGGCAUCACGUGCAUCCCGGUCACGUGGAAGUGUGACACGGAGCCCGAUUGCGGCGACGGCUCGGACGAGCUGGACUGCGCGAACAACACUUGUUCCGAGGCGCAGAUGUCGUGCGGCGCGCCACAGAACAAGUGCAUCUACAAUAGCUGGAUGUGCGACGGAGAUAGAGACUGUCCCGACGGCAGGGACGAGCUGAACUGCACGACGUCAAAGGCGGAGCAGCCGAAGAUGCCCAACGACUUUUUGAGCAAGAACGGCUCCUGCCAAGAUUGGAUGUUCGUAUGCAACAACUCCAGAUGCAUUCCAUUCUGGUGGAAAUGCGAUGGGGUCGACGAUUGUCUGGACAACAGUGACGAAGUGGGCUGUUCGGGCAUGGUAGUACAUCCAACGGUGGAACCGCUACCUCCGACGGUCACCCCCCAAUCCAUAUGCGAAUCGAACCAGUUCCAUUGCUCGAGCGGCGACUGCAUCGACUCUUCUUGGGUGUGCGACGGUACGUACGACUGCUUAGGCGGCGAGGACGAGAACAACUGCAACUGGCUGUCGAACUGUUCGAGCAAACAGUUCAAGUGCCAGAGCGACGGCAGCUGCGUAUCGCUUUCUGCGGUAUGCAACGGCAUCUACGAGUGCCCUGACGGCACGGACGAGCUGUCCUGCGAUCGAGACCUUCCUGCUGUGCCUGCGGCGCCGUCUUGCAGCCGCGGCCUGUUCGCCUGCGACUCGGCCUGCUACCCGCUGAGCUACGUGUGCGACGGAAAGAUCGACUGCAGGGACGGGACGGACGAGGGGAAUUGCACAAAGAGGGAGAGAGUGUACCAGGUGAUGCAGCUGGACAUCGACGAAAGAGGGACCAACGACACCUCCCUGUUCCUGUUGUGGUGGAUCCACCUUCCCGAUAGCUUGAAAUUGGAGUUCCAGCCGUCGAUAAAGAGGAUCGGCGACGGCGAAUGGAAGAACGGAACAUGGACGACAAACAUGUGGCACCAAUUCACCGGUUUGGAGCCCUACACCAAAUACAACAUGACGGUGUACGUGAGGAUAAAAGAUUCGAACCUCGUCUUCCCUCCUGCCAUCUACAACGUCUCGCUGACCAGCGACGGCACUCCCAGCGAACCCUGGAACCUCACGGCGAAACAGCGCAACGGCUCCCACAUCCUGGUGGCGUGGAAGAAGCCGCAGAAGCCCCGCGGACCGAUAGUGGCUUAUGAGAUAGUGUGGAAAUCAGAGAAGGCGCCGGAGGUGCGACUGAAGCUGACAGGGAACGAGACGUCGCAUCUGCUGUCACCCGAUUUCGAGCACGGGGUCACCUACACGUUCUGGGUGAUAGCGUACAACAGGAAAUCCUCGAGCAACAAGUCCGAGCCGGCCAAGUUGCGGUUCGACGGCGAGACGAACGUCAGCGUGGUCAGCAACUUCGUGGUGAAGGAGACCGAUGAGACGAUCUCGUUCAGCUGGGACUACGCCGGGGAGGCGGACGGGUUCAACGUGCGGCCCGUGGCCGGCAUCGGCUACCCCGAAUUGCCCACAGUGACUACGAAAACUAGGAACGUGACGAUGCGGCUGGCGCCGGGGGUCAACUAUCGCAUCGAGGUUAAUGCUUUCAAAAAGACCCUCGUCGGUCCUACCAUAGCUAUCACCAUCGGAAGGGAGGGAAAACCUCUACCGGAAAUAAGUAUUUCGCAAGCUAUCGUUCUCAAAGUCGGCACCACUGUCAAACUCAGUUGGGAGAGGCCGAAGUAUGUUAAGAAGCUUAAUUGGAUGUAUGGCAUUUACUAUGGUACAAAUCAUGAACAACUUUUUGAAAAACCCCGAUUCAUCACACCCAACGAAACGGCCACCAUCUCCGACCUCGAGGCCUGCGAGGCCUUCAUCUUCAGCGUGGGCAUCGUCGGCCCGAUCGGCUACGGCCCUCUGUCGGGCAAUUUCAAGCAGCUGACGACGUCGGGCAACGCCAAGGCCCCGCCCAAGCGGAUCCAGGUGGGCCGGGAGGGCGACGACCCGCUCCAGAUGCGCAUCCAGUGGGUGCCGGCGUGUCCGACGGCGGCUCCCGAGUUCUACAGCAUCCAGAUUAGAGAGAACGCCACCACGCAAACCUGGCACCGCCGCGUCAACGCCACCGAACUCUACCGCGUGUUCAGCGUCUCCUAUGGCGGCGUUUACGAAGUCAAAAUGGCGUCGGGCUCGUUCAGCGGCCCCUACUCCAAGCCGGUCACAUACACAGCCCCCUCCAUCCAGGCCCCCUACGAAGUCAGGGUGCUAGCUGAGAGCAACGGCAGCUACAUAAUCUCUUGGAAAGAAAGCAGUUUGCCUAGCAACAUUGGUAAAUACCAAUACGAGGUGUUGGUGCACGAAGGUAACACUUUGGACGAAAAAUCCGCGCAGAAAUUCGAGGUCGAUAAGCCUCCGUUCGUUUACACGAACGGCUCUUUUGAUAUGUUUACCUUCGCGGUGCGGAUCAGAACUGGGAAAGGUUUGAGGUCGGUUACCUCUGAAGCAGUGAGCAAAGAGAUCAGCUUAGCCGAGGCUUCUUCUUCUUCUUCGAUGAGCGUCAGUUCAGUGGUGGCUUGCAGCGUCAUAAUAGUCUCCCUCUUGUUAACUGUCAUAGUUGUGCUCAUGAUCAGGUUCAGGAGGCUACAAGGGAGCUUCACGAGGUUCACUAAUACUCAUUAUGACACCAGGUCUCAGGCGGCGACUUUCGACGAGAGGACUCUGGAGGAGGACGAGUGUCCUCAGAUCAGAGGUUUUUCUGAUGAUGAGCCUCUUGUUAUAGCUUGA